AUGAAUGUCGUUUUGAGCGGGACCAGCGCCUCCUGUAUCGUAAAAUGCCCCUGGCAGUCUCCCUCAAAAAGAAUAGCCUGGUACGCAAGGAUCCAACUUUCACAGAGAUCACAGAAGCGUCAGUUGGGGAAAGCAAAGCGGAAAGCGUCUUGCUGCUGUGUUUGUGCAACUGUUUGGAGUCCUGCUUCACCUCAUAAUUCGAUCACAUCGAAAGCCUUUGAGAGGCAAUAUGUUUCAGACUGCGUUGUUGGCGGAUCUAUCGGACCGGGGCGUGUGAUAGCAAUUAAUGAUGCCAUCGAUGAAGCAAGUUUUGUCGAGUAUACGUGGCUUCUAGUUGCUGUGCUAACGCAAGAUGGAAGCAGUAAGAUAGCUUUGCUGCGUUUCGAAGAAGAUGGGAUCAAACUACGCAAACUGUUCUCUUCCUUAAGUUCCCCUUGUGAUGGUAUUGUCCUUCGAGGUCCUCACGUAUUGUACACAAAUUCAAAUGGUGUCGCAUUGGAGGGCGACAGUGACAAGAUUGCACUUAACGCCUUUGCUGAUGGAAAGGCUGCGUCUACUGAAGGUGAGGUUUUUCUUUGCCGGGUCGAAGCCGAUACGGAGGCGGUGGUAGCUAGACGGUUCGAACGUGUUGGUUUGACGGGCUUGCUCAAAUUGUACACCGUCCAUUCUUCCGGUCUUUGCCACGAGAUUAAGACCUUCGAGAUGGAGAGCAUUGCCUCUGUGAAGAGAACGUUUCUUUGUUUGCGUCAAAGUGCUUUAAUCAUCGCUGAAGGUGACGGAAGUCUGCGCUCUUUUGAUAGCAAUUCAGGUGACAUACUCUGGAAGAGCCCAUCUAAGAAAGAGCUGGAGAACCCUCUUUAUUUGACGUGCUCAGACGAAACGCUCGUAAUGACGUCUUCUGUGUCUGAGGCUGUUUGGUCCAUGCCCAUAUGCAUGGCUUUCUAUCAGAAAGGGUCGACGAACCGCGCUUCAAUUCUGUUUCCAGAAUCAUGCAAUAUGGCGGCACAAGAUGAAACGCACGGCCACUUCUUCGCACCAUGGAGAGGUUCCAUACUUCAGGUAAGCAACGACAACGGUGCAUACUGUUUUGAGAAGGACUUUUCACAGCUGCGGACCCAAAACAGUCUGGUCCCAGUUCCAGAGAGUGAGACUCGUUUCUCAUCAGCGGUGAGUCGAAAUUUGGAAAAGCGACUAGGCGCUGGCGUCGAACGGGUUACUGAUGCAGCUCAACGACAGGAAGAGAAGAUUGAAAUUCUUAAUCACCUUCGAUCGCUACUCGCAGAAGUGGCUGGGCAGAGAUCAAGAACGUCUUUCCCGAAAAAGUUCCAUGAAGGCCUCGAAAGUGCCAUCAUCCUCAACAAGGCACGCGAGUCACACCCGAGAGACAAUAUGGAUAAAACCGCGUCUGUUAAUGAUCAGGGCGAUCCGUCAGCACGCGUUUUUGUUGGCUGCAAUCCCACGCCCUUCAACACAGCGCGUUUCUUAGACCUUGUCGAGUCACAGACCGGGGUAGAUAAGUCCAGCCGCUUCGUCCUGAUUCAAGUUUGCGUCGCUGUGUCAAAACAGGCUACGAGUAUUGACGAAGCGCAUUCAUCUGCUUUUUCGCUUCAAUUGAACAUUCAAUUUGAUCGAUGCAUGGCAGCGAUCUGGGACCUUGAAAAAAGGAACCAUGUACAUGAAGGGGACGUUGUAUGGCUAAAGGCAUGUGCUCCAAUAUCAGCAAUCGUUGCCAAUAGCGUAUCUAGCAUGGAGUGCAUCCGGGUGAUCGUACGUGUGGAUACUGACGAUGGUCGUUCCCAGUACUUGGGCACUUUCUCUUUAUCAGCUGUCUUGUCGUCAGUCGUUCCCUCAGAGAAAAGCAAGGCUAUGGGAGUUGAUAAAGGCUUGUUGAAUUUCGAGAGAACCAUUCAUGCCGUUGCACAGGGGCCCUCGGCGCAGAACUUGCAAAAUUUGUUACAGGAUGAAGGAAACAGACCUUUUGAUGUCAAGGUCCUUCAGAAGCUGGCGCAUGUGCGCUUCCAGGCUUCCUCAAACAUCGAAUUGGCCUUAGCCAUUGCCAAAAUUAGAGCAUCCGUGGAUGAUCGGGUUAGUUUGAGAAGUUCUUCAGAGCUAUCCAUUGAUUCACUUCAAAUUCUUGACUCUAGUCUAAGAUGCAUUGAAAAAGAGAUGCAGAGCUUGCGCGACAUGGCUAGACAGCGAGGUGCCAUUGGCUAUGAUGUUAACCAGAUCAGUGAUUUGCUGAGGCUGCAACUCGAGGUGGAUGAGUCAUUUGGUCGUUGUGGCGAAAUAUUUGCUGGCUUAUGA